AUGGCAUCAUCCAUUAUCAAAAUUGAGCCAUUACUGGCCAGUUCAAUGAGAGUCUUGCGCAAUCAAACCACCCUUCAAGAUCUCGUUGCAGCUUAUCCAUCUUUGAAGGAAAAGGUACUCUCGUCUCCUAAGAGCUUAACAGAGUCGGAACGUCGUGUGUUUCUUGAUCUUCCAGAUCCAGAAAUGGAAAGUGCCAAUAUAAGUGCAGCAACAAGACUUUCACGGGCUGAGUUGAUAGAGAAAGCAGUUAUAAAUCGUGGUAGUCUCACAGAUGCAGAGGUCUUGGUCUUGAAAAACAGAUUUUGGACACCUCGUACAAAUGAUGAAAGCUCAAGGCUUUCCGAAGGGUUUAUCAAUACAAACGACGAAGCGCGCGAUGAAUUCUUGGCAGUCAGAACUCUAGCUUAUCUUCCGAAGGAGAAAGAAGCAUUUAAAAUCAGGGGUCGUGAAGCUUAUACUCGUGACAGGGCUGCACGAGAGCGCCCAUUGCACAACGCAACCACAGCAGCCUUGCCAAAUGCACCGGAAUGGAUCAAGCAACUUCACCAAGAGGGAAAGCCGCACUGGGGUUUAUCUUUCUUUUUGAUGCGGCCGCCCAGAAGCUCGAUAAAGAGCGACUUGGAUAUUUCCAAUCUGUUUUAUGUGGCACUUCGGUUCAAUGGCUCAAAAGACAUUAUAAGCAGUAAAUGGCGGUAUAUGACAUUUAACGCACCGCAAUCUGCGCUUACACAUACUCAAUUUUCUUUACAAAACGACGAUCGCGAUGAGGGCGACAGUGAUCAAGAUGAUGGUUCUCAAUUCCGAAAAGCUUUUCAAGAAAUUUUAGAAGAUCCAUAG